UUGUGAAAACGUCGUCGUAAGAUCUCCACUGUUUCUGUUCCAGUUUCAUUUCCUAAUUUACUUCCGGGUAAAGGUCCAAACCACCGGUCUCCAACUCACAUGGCUGCGGAGGGAGAACCCGUGCGAGACCAACUCGCUGAGUCGAUCAACGAUCUCUUCACCAGCGUCUCCACCAUGAUCAAAGGCGAGCUUCAGGGGACAAACAAUCAGCUAGAACUUUUGGCGAAGAUGAAUCUGAGAGUGGCAGAAGAGUACAGUGGCUUUGGGGAUGUGGCUUCCGGGCUGAGGGUUUUUGUGGAGCAGUUGAAGUCCAAAAGCGGCAGCUUCGAUGAGUAUGUUCAGCAGAUUGAUGCUAUAGAGCAGCAAGUGACCGAAUUCGAAGCUGUAAUUUCGAUGCUUGAUAGAUACGUUUCGAUGCUGGAAUCAAAAGUGAUCCAGGUAGGCGAGCAGAUCAGGCUCGCAGAUAGAGGGGCCUCAAUAUUGCCCUGAUAUUAGAAAUGGACCAAAGAAGCAGUGGCACGAAUGCUGGGGAGGAUAGGCCAGGACCUUCUAGCAUAGGUGGAGGAGAUACAAAUGAUGUACUGCGUAGCGUCACUUAACAGGUGAUGGCUGAGAUGACCAAGAGUUCUGGAGAGCGUGGCUGUUCGAUUGAACAAUUUACGCAGAUGAAACCCCCAUCCUUCACUGGAGGAGAUGACUCGAUUGUAGCUGAGAAUUGGGUUCAGGACAUUGAAGAGACGUUGGUUAUGCUUUCUUGUACAGAUGAACAGAAAGUAGUAUUUACAUAAUUUAAGUUGAUGGAGGAGGCGAAACGCUGGUGGAGAUCAGCGCGAUUGAUAGAGGAGCAGAGGCUGGUUCCAGUACCAAUGACGUGGGACUGAUUCAAGGAGCUGUUCUUCGAGCGGUAUUUUCAUGCUAUCGUUCGAAGCACGAAUGCAGCAGAGUUUAUGCAUCUGGUAUAGGGGCAGAUGACUGUAUCCUAAUACGCGGCUCGGUUUAUUGAGUUCUUGCGUUUUGCUCCGCAUCUAGCACCUGAUGAAGAGAAAAAGAAAAAGGAAG